UGUGUGUGUGUGUGUGUUUCCUUGAACUUAUGAUUCCCAUUUACCAAAAGUUUUGCAGGAAAAAAAUAUCAAAAACAUGUUUGCAUAGAAGCAGACUCUGGUAAGUCUACUGCUCAAAACCAACACUUAAAGCAAUAGUUCACCCAAAAAUGAAAAUCUGCUAAAAGUGUGUUUAGAUUUUUAUUUUAAAUUACUUAUAGAAAGUAAAUUAUUAACAGAAAACAAUGAAAUAUCUCAAAGUUUAAUUUAAAGAUCUCAUGUAACAUAACCGCUCAUAUUGAAUUCCUGAGUUGAGUUUGACCGGUAAACAUUUUCUGAAGAGUACACACAUCUCGUCUUUCUGGUUAAAACAUAAUUUCAUUUCCCCCCAGUUUGUCAGUGAGAAAGAGGAAGGAAACAAGAUCAGCAGAAAGACAGCAACAGCUUCUACAACAGAUCGUAGAAAUAGCAAAAACCAUCCGAGAACAACAGAAACCUGUAAUGUUGAGCAGCUCUGUGUCUUUCAUUGUAUAUGUGAAUUUACACAAAGUGAAGAUCAUGAACUCCAGACUCUCUCCGUUGAUCCUGCUGCUUCUCAUUCCAGACCCUGCAACACUGGACCAGCUCUCUGUGACCUGCAGUCAUAAGAGUAUUUGUGCUGUGAAGGGGUCAAAAGUGACACUGUGGUGCUCUUACUCCAGCUUCAAAAUCAAAACUGUGUUCUGGUUCAGUGAGAAACAAAGUACAAACUGGAGAAAAAAUAACGAACCUGAAGAUUUGACUUUAGACUCAGACUACUCAGGACGAGUGAAACAUCAGAUCUCAAGCAGCUCUUCAACACUCACAAUAUCAGACGUGAGAGAGAGAGACUCUGGAGAAUAUCAGCUCAUGUUCAUCAUGAAUGAUGGAGUUAAACAUCUCAGCUCAGCAGCCGUCAAUCUAACAGUCACAGUCCUGCAGGUGAAGAUGAAUCCUGAAUCUACAGACAUGACAGAUGAGAGUGUAGAGCUUAACUGUGACUCUUCCUGCACCUCUGGAGGUUUUUACUACUGGAUGAAGAAUGAACAGUAUUUCAGAUAUACAGAGUCCCGCAACAUGUUUGUGUCAAUCAGCCAAAAUGCUGGCAAAUUUUCCUGUUUUCUUCAUCCAGACCUUAAACAUCGCUCCUCUUAUCUGUGUGUUUCUCAGAAUGGCUGCUGGGGUGUGAUUUACACCUCUAGAAGAGUCUGUGCUUUGGUGGGCUCAACAGUAGACAUUUCCUGCACAUAUUCACUUCCCUCUGGUCAUACUGUAAACAAAACAUUCUGGCAUUACGUUCAGCCUGGUGACUUUAUGGAUCUGCGUGAGGAGCAUCAGUUUGCUGGUCGUGUGGAGUAUGUGGGGAACAAACUGAGAAUCAAAGAGCUCAAGAGCAGCGACUCUGGAGAAUAUCGAUUCAGGUUCAUCACUAACUUAGACCAAUACUCUGGAUCACCUGGAGUCAUUCUUACUGUUACAGAUACAGAGGUGACAAGCAACCCGGCCACUGUCUCAGGAGGAGAAGAAGUGAUAUUAAGCUGUUUAACCAAAUGCACUCUGAACAACAAAUAUACUUACAUCUGGUACAAGAACGGACAACAGGUAACAGAUGGAUUCACCAAAGACAACAAGCUGUACCUGGACUCAGUCAGCAAUGAAGAGCUUCAACAGUAUUCCUGUGCUGCAGAAGACCAAAAGGAGAGCACAGCGCUACGAAACGCUGCUGUCAUACUGUGUGUUUUUUUUACACUUGCUCUCAUAGGAAUUCUGUGGUAUAGGAGGAGAAUGUGUACCUUGUCUAAAACCCACAGGAUUGAAAAGGGGGAGGAGGAGGUUCAGUAUGACUCGGUGCAUAACAACACUGCACCCUCUGACUUUACGCAGAAAUCAGAUGCUGACAAUCAAGACAUUCAGUAUUCCAGCAUUAGUUUUAAAACAAAACAUACAUCUUCAGUUCCCACCGAUGAAUAUCCAACAGACGCUACAGAAACAGAGGCUGUCCACUAUGCCACUGUAAGGUUCAAAUAACACACUGUUGCCUCUGGUGAGCUUAUCAUGUUAUUGCCUUUGGUAUAUCAAAAUAGUACAACUGACCAUUGGCGUUGGCAGCUGAUUUCCUACACUGUGGUUUUCUCAUGUAUCACUCUUUUUGCUUAAUAAAAUAAUUACAGCACAAA